AUGAAUAAUAUAAAUUUGUGUGAUUUUGCAAAAGCUAAAGUUUAUUUGUGGAAAACAGAGAAUACAAAUGAAAAACUUUUUUUGGAGGUUUCAAAUAAAAUUCGAAACUUAUAUGAAAAGAUAAAUUAUGACGAUUUAUUUCAUCAUUUAUAUAAUUAUAUCAAAUAUAUCAAUAACACUAAUAAUGAGUUAUUUUUGAGACAUGAAAUUCCUUCUUACCCUACAAAUGUAAAUAAAAAUAACCAAAAAAAAGAGGAUCAUAAUUUUUUUAAGAUUUUUAAAAAUCCGAAUUAUGUAAAAAGAAAUGGAAAUAUAUCAAUCAAUUAUAUUGAUUUUGUUGAAAAAAAUUUAGAAAUAAAUAAAAUUAAUUUUUUUUCAAAUAUAUUUAUAUCUAUUGGUAUACAUGAAUUAAAUGAUAAUGAUUUUGAUACUGAACCGAAUGAUAAUAAAGACAAAAACCAUGAUUUUAUUUCAGAACAAAUUGAAAAAAAAGACAAUGUUGAUAAGCAAAAUAACGAUGGAAAUUUAUAUGAAAAUAAAAAAAAAAUACACAAUUUUUUUAAAAUACGAAAACAAAUUUUAAAAUUGAUUAACUCUUAUAAUAGUAUAUAUUUUAAUAAUAGUUGUGUAUUUAUACAACGUGUUCUUAUUAUUCCAUCUUUUGAUAAAUAUGAUGAAUUUAUUAUGGAAAAAAUUAUGGAAAUAAAUGAAAAUUUCUUGUAUGCCAAUAGUACUGAAGUUAUGCGCCCCUUUGAAAAUAAUUCAUUUAUGUUUUCCUCACAAAAUGGAAAUCAAACCGUUCCUAAAAAUGAUUCAUCAUUUGAAAAAAGUGGAGAAAAUAGUGAUAGUGGCAAAAUGGACCAAACAAAUGAAGAUAUAAAUAGUUCAGAAAAUAAAAAAAACGUUUUUAACUUUCAAAUUAAUGAAAAUGUGCAGGUUGCUCAAGAUUCUCCUUAUUAUGAUAAAGGAAAUUUAGAUGGAGAUUCGAACAAAAAUGUAAGAAAUAAUGAAUCCAAAACAACUCCUGAUUUUGAACAUUUUGAAAAAAAAACAAAAUCUGAAAAUUCAAUUUUUACUUCUGAAGUAGAUGGAAAAACAUCCUUUCCAAAAAUAAAAAAAAAAUAUUCAUCUACUUUUCUAAAAAUAUUCAAUAAAAAUAUUGGAAAAGAAUAUAUGUCUAUAAAUGCUAGAUCUUCAUCUAUAAGCUCAGAUAGUUAUGGUGAAGAAAACGUUUUUAUAAAUGGAAAGAAAAAACAAGGAAAUAAUGAUGAAAUCAUAGUAGUAGAAUCAGAUGCUUCUAAAAUAAAACCCGCUAUUGAAGAAUCACAUGGAUUUAUCAAAGAUCAAAAUAAUAAAAACUGUUUAAAAAACAAAAAAGAUAAUAUGUGCAAUCAUAACAGUAAUGAGUGUACAUCUAAUCCAGAUUCAAAUAAUGAUGAACAGAAAAGAAAGGGAAAACAAUUCGAAGAAUCAGAAGAAAAUUUUUCUUUUAUAUCUAAUAAUAUACAUAAUUUCAAAAUAAUUAUUUUCCUCCCAUCUGUAAAAAAGCAUUUUAGUAUACAAUACAAUAAAUUUUUACAAGCAAUAAUAUUAAACAUUUUUUAUAUUUUUAUAUUUUUUUUAUAUGAUUUGAUAACUAAAAAAAAUAUAUGGGAUUAUAUGGACAUGUUCAUUGAAAAUCUAAGUUAUGAGGUUAUACAAAAUAAGAAAGACAAUAAUGAAAGUGUAUUUGAAGAUAAAAGAAAAGGUACAAACAAUUUUAAUAUAACAAAUAAAAUGAAAAAAAUAAAUUAUAUUAAUAGUUAUUCUGGAGUAUAUAAAUAUAGUCAAAUACAAAGAUUCGAAAAUUUGAAAAAUGAGCAAAUAGAAAUAAAUAAAGAAAAUGAACAAUAUGAACAUACUCGAAUAAAUGGAAAAAAAUAUAUUCUUUAUAAUAAAAAAAAUAUCCCACUUAAAAUUAGUUACUCUGUUAAUGAACAAAUGAGCAUCUCUAAUAGUAAUUCUAUUUUUUCUAAUUUAAAAAGAUAUUAUUUUGAUAUAAAUGAUUCAACAACUUAUAAAACAAAUAAAAUGAUUCCUAAAGGUAGUGGUGGAAUGUACAGAAUACGUAAAUCUAAUACAUAUAAAGAAAACUUUAUUUCAAAAAAAUAUAGUUUUUAUAAAAGAGAAUCAAAUGAAUCCGGAAAUUUACAUCUGACACGAAAUAAAAAUGCAUCUAGAAACUCUAGUUACGAAAAUAACAAUUCCAAUAAUGUUUGUCAUUCUGAUGCAUGUAUUAUUGGUGAAAAUAGUGAGUCUGAUUGUUCUGUAUGUUAUGAAGAUGAUCAAAUAAGUUAUAAUAGCUUAGAGAAUUUUGGAAACAUGCAUACAGAGGUAAAAAAUGAGGAUAUAGAACUUAGCGAGCCAGAACCCAAAUGUUUGGUUGUAAAACGGGUUCUAAUACAAAGUGGAGAAAUCGAAGAUUUUGCAGCAUAUGAAGAAAGUGAUGUGUGUGAAAUAGAUGAUGAUGUUUCAGAAGAAAACGAAAAUCUUAAAUCAAUAAGUAAUGAUAUUAUUCAGGAAAGAAAAAAUAAAAUUUUUGAAAUGGAUGACAAUUAUAAAUAUAAAAUUAAAAAAAAAAAAGGAGAUAUAUUUUUAUUAUUAGGAAGCCCCUUAGAUUCAAUAGAAGAAUAUUUAAAAUGUUUUGAAAUUUGCAAAAUGAAAAAUGAUUAUUUAUAUCAAGCAAAUAUAUAUUUUUCUAUAUCUUUAUCUAUAUAUUUAUAUAUUAAACAAAAUUGGGGAAAUUUUUGUCGUAUAAACAACAAUGAAAAUUAUUUUUUUCGUUUUCAUGAUAUAAUAGAAAAUCUAAUUUUAGAAACAUAUCAAAAGCUAUUACCAAACAAAUAUACUAAUUAUACAAAUUUUUUUUUCGAUACAUCUUAUAGUGGAGCUUUAGCAAAAGACCGUUUGUAUAAUAUUGGAAUAGGAACAUCUAACAAUAAUAAUAAUCAUCAUCAUAAUUUAAUUAGCGCAAAUUCUAUAAGUAGUGCUACAUCUAUUGGAAUCGCUUCAUUUGUUAUGAAUCCAUCUCAUUCGGGUUCUAUUGCAUCUAACACAGCACCAAAUAAUAAUAACUAUUAUUAUAAUAAUUAUUUAAACAAUUUUAAUCUGUAUUUAUAUGGUUAUGAACAAACAAAUAAUGAUGGACAAAAUAAUAUUAAAAAAAAUAUCAUUUCAUUUAUUAAUAUGUUAAAAGAAAGUGAUAAAAUAGUUGAAGGAAAAAAAAAUAAAAUAGAUAAAGAAAAUUAUAUUGAUUCCAAUUCAAAUCAUGUUUAUUAUUUUUUUAAUUUAGAAAUAAAACAUCACAAUAUUUUACUUUAUUUAAUUGCUUUGAUAGAAUAUAAAUUGAAUCAAGCAUUGUUGGUUUUACAAAAAGCAUCACCACAUCUAAGUGAACAAAUAAAUCCAUCUAGAUCGAACAAUUAUGCAUCUACAUCAACAGUUAUAAAUAGUGGAAUCAAAUCAUUGACAGCACAAGAACACUUUUGUGAUUAUUUAAUAUGUUUGUUAAAAUACAUAAUUAUGAUUAAAAAAAAUGAAAAGUCUCAUAUAUUUUUUAUUAUAAGUAAAUAUUCAUAUAUUGCUGAAAGGCUUAUUCACAAUUUAUAUAUCAAAUACUAUCUUGAAUUGUUAUUGAUUUACAAACAUCUUGGGGCUUUUAGAAAAUUUGCUUUUACUGUAUAUAUGUUAUGCACAUACUUCUAUCAAAAUAAAAAAUAUUAUCUUUCUUUUUUUUUUCUCAAUAAUAUCCUUCCGUUUUAUAAUUUGCCAAGCAUAUCCUCUUAUUCUUCUUAUCAAAAAUAUAAACAAAUUAAUUUUUUCAAAAUGAACAAAAAUGAAGAUGCAUCUACUUUUCAAAUUGGACAAAACUAUCAAAAAAUAUUAUUCAAUGAUCCUAAUUUUGAAAAUAAAGAAAAAAAUAUUCUCUAUCAGUAUAUUAAUAAUUUAUUAUUUAAAAAUAAAUACGACAGAUUUGUUAAUUUCCCAAUGCAUUGGCUUUAUAAAGAUCCACAAACUCAUAUUUCUAGCGGUUCUAGCGGUUCUAGUGGUUCUGAUAACAUUGAAUAUGACAGAUUCAGAAGAAACAAAGAAGUAGAAGGAGGAUCAGUAUGUAACACAAGUAGAAGCUAUGGAGAAAAUCAUAAAGCGAUAAAAGAAAAACCGGAUGGACACAAAUAUUUUUCUCAAGAAAUAUGUGGUAAUAAAUGUGAAAAUAUUCAUAAACAAUAUAUUUCAUUUAAUUAUUUGAAAGGUUGUGGAUACACAUAUAAUUUAGAUAAUUUAUUUAAUUUUUGUUCGAAAGAUAUUAGUAGUAAAAGUAUAAUGAAUAUACAUAAACAUAUAAAUAAAUUAAAAUUUAUGAUAAAAAAAAAAAAAUACAAUAAUACAAUUCAUUAUAGUAUUCUUUAUUUUUUAUCACAAAUUUUAAAAAAUAUGGAAUAUGGAAAAGAAUAUGUUUUGGCAAAUCUUUUAUUUCUUCUAUUUUUAAACAAAUAUUUAUCUAAACAGAUACAAAAAGAGACACUAAAUAACAUAUAUGAAAUAUUGAAUAAAAAAAAACAUUAUAUAUCUUUUCCGCCAUUUAUAACCUUAUUAUUAGAUGAUAAAAGAAAAAAAAAAAAUAUAAAAUAUUUAAAAAAACUUUAUAAGGAUAGUUAUGGAGAAGAAUCGAUAGAUAAUAAUGAUUCUAAAUUAGAUUACAGCUCAGAAAGUUUACAUGAAAAUUAUAAAUCUAAUUCAUCCGAUUUUUAUCUUCUUUCGGAUUCUAACGAUAUAGAUGAUAACUUAUUUCAAACAGAUUCUUCAAUAUCAAAUGCAUCUACAAAAAUUGCAUCUAUUUCAAAAGAAGCAGAUGCAAGAAAAUCUAUUUCAAAGAAAGGAACACAAGGAGAUGUGGAUGGAAAUAUGUAUAAAAAUAGUGAGCAUAUUUCCAAAAAUAAAUUGCAUUUUCUAAGUGGGUUCACAGAAGGUAGAUGUGAACCCCUUCCAAUAUUAAAAAAUAUUCAAUAUCCAAAAACAGGAUAUAACAAUGAAAAAAUAUAUAAAAAAAUUAAACCAGUAAAUAUAAAAAAUAAAAAAGAUAUAUUUAAAUAUAACCCAUUUAAUGAAAAAGAAAGAAAUGUAAAAAUACAAAAUAUUUGCUCUACUAAUGAGUUAAAGAAUAUAAUAAUAACUUUAAAAAACCCAUUAGAUGUUAAUAUAGUUUUAAAUAAUUUAAUUUUAAUAUCGUCAGGAGUAUCUAUAGAAAAUUAUCCAACUAGCGUUGUAUUAUUAUCAAAAAAAAAAAAAAAAAAUACAAAUGUUAAUUUAUCUUUUAAGGCUAAAGAACCUGGAAUGUUAUAUAUUCUUGGAAUUUCUUAUUAUAUAAGUUAUUUACAUUUCGAACAAUAUUUUUUAUAUGAUACUAAUCUUCUUUAUCAAUAUAUUAUGACUAAUCCAGAUUCAAACAUUUCAUCAAAAUUUUCCAAAACUAAUGAUCCUUUUUCAAUGCAAUUUACAUUGGAAAAACAAAAUAAUAAUGAAAAUAGACAAAAUAAAAAAAAUCGAAACAUUUUUAAGCAAAAAAAAAAACUAUUAAUUAGUAAUGUUUUAAAUAUGUCAAGUGUAUUUCAAAUUUUUGUUAUUAAGAAAUAUUUUCAUCUUGAAUCUGAAAUAAAAUUUUUUAAUUUUGGAAAAUAUAUAAACAUAGAAUCAUUAAUAAAUGAUAAAGAAUAUCUAAACAAUUAUUAUAGAGUAGCACCCCUUAAGAAAAAUAAAAAUAAACAAAAUGGAAUGUUAAAUAAUAUAAAUAAAGAUACAAAUUUAGAUACAUCCCCAAUAAAUACAAUAAUAGAUAACGAAAAUAAAGAAUCUUCUAAAAUAAAAUAUAAAGUUAGUGUACUAGAUGCAGAACAUACUACUAUAAAUAAAAAUAUAGAAUUAUACAAAAAACAAUCUGUAUAUAAUAAUGAAAAUAGCCCAUGUAACGAUUCCAACAAAAUAGAAUGUUUAUCUAUUUCUUCUUCUUAUAUUACAAAUGAAAGCAAAAUGUCUUAUCAAAGUUAUUUUUUAAAUUCUUUUGAAGAAAAUGAAACCCGACAAUUACCUUUAUGGAAUUUCAAGGAUAUUGAAAUAAACAGGAAAAAUAAAGAAGAUCUAGAAAAUAACAAUUUUUGUAUUAAUAGAAAAAAUAGCUAUCAAAACAGCGAAGAAGAAUCAAACAUAUAUAUUUCAAACUUCCCUGUUUCAUUUAAUCAAUAUAGAAUUGAAAAAAAAAAAAAAUCAAUGAGUUUUGAAAAUGAUAAUGAUAAUAUAUAUUUUUCUAGUGAUCCAAGAUAUGAAGAAAUACUAGAGGGAGAAAUAAAAUUUUUAUGUUUAGUUUGUGAAAAUACAAGUAAUAUAGAUGUAAAUUAUAUAAAUGUUAAAGUAAGAUGGAAAAAUAAAUCGAUUGGAAAUCAUUUUAUAAAAUUUUAUUUUGAUAAAUCUUUUUAUAUAAAAAAAGAACAAAUAGAAUCUUAUAAUAAAAACCCAAAUCAAACUUCUGAAGAUAAUUAUCAAACACAUUUUAAUGAAAACGUGUUUUUUUGUCAUAAUAAAGGAGAAAAAUUAAAAGUUAAAAAAAACCAUACUUUAUACAUACCUAUUAAAUGCACAGGGUCAAUAUUAAUUAAUGAAUGUGAUAUUGAUAUAAUUUAUUCAAGCUCUAAAAAUAGUUCAUAUUACUCUAUUAAAAAAUUAAAUCUAAAACUAAAUGUUAAAAGAAAUAUAUAUAUCGAAAGUAUUUUAUAUUUCCCAUAUGUUAGUUUUAAUUGGGAUACUAUAUUAACUAAGAUCUUAAACUCAGAUUAUUAUAGGGAAUAUGCAAUAAAUAAGUUAGGAACCAUAAAACAAAACAACGAAUUAAUAACAAAUUCAAGCUCAGAUUCACAUAGUUGUUAUGAUAUAUCUAUAAUGCAAACUAAUAAUAAUGAGGAAGCAUAUACGAUUCAUUCAAAGGACAAAAAUAAAAUUAUUAAAAAUACGAAAACACAUAUGCAUCUAAAUAAUCAAUCUUUUAAUAUUAUAACAAAUACCAAACAUAAUCUCAAAAACAUAUUAAAUGAAGAUACAAAUAAAAAUUUGGAUUCUAUGAGAUGCAUUCAUGAUAAUAGUGAUUACAUAAGUGAUUCUACUACAAUGAAGCAUUAUCAAUACCCCUCGAAUGAAAAUUUAAGUUUUUCUGAUAUAAAUAGCGAAUCAUCAGCUAGCCAUUUUGAAAAAAAAAAAAAAUAUAUAUAUAGGAGCGAAAAUCGGGAAAAUCGGGAAAAUAAUAAAUUACUAGAAAAUUAUGAUCAACUUAACAAAAUAAUUCACACAAAAAAAAGUGACUUAAAUAUAUGUACUGAUAAUAAAUAUAUAUUUUUAGAAAUAUAUAUAAAAAAUGAUAGUGGAUAUGUUAACUAUUGUAAAAGUAAAAAAUUAAAAAGAAGACCAACAUGUGUAGUUGAUAAAGACAAUCAUCCAAAUAAAUGGAUUAUAUGGAUUAAAAGAUUAAAAAGAAAAAAAAAUAUUAUAUUUAAAAAAAAAGAAGAUAUAUUAAAAUAUUUUCUAUUAUACAUAGACUAUCAUGUUUCUCUAACUUAUUCAAGACAUAAAAAAAUUGGAAUACUAAGUAGUUACAGUUCAUAUUUAAAUCAUAUUUAUAUAAAUAAAAAAAAAAUAGACGAUUUCUUUUUAAAUUUUAAAAUCACGCAAACAAAUUCAAAAUCCGAUCCUUAUCAAAAUGACACUAUUCAAUCACAUAAAGAAACACAAUUAUCUAAAAUAGAUGCAAAUAAUGUAGACUUGUAUUAUGUUUGCCAAAAUUAUAGAUCAUUAAAUUCGAUAAAAAAACAACAAUUCCAUUAUACUAAUAAUACUAUAGAUUCCAUAGAGGUUGACAAAGAAUUAGAAAACAAAUGGGAAAAUUAUUAUCAGGCAAAUAAAAAGUUAUCGUUUCAUAAUAUUGGGGAAUAUUUGCAAAACUCAAAUGGGUAUAAUUCUCAUUAUAUAGAAGAUGAAAAAUCUGAGUUAUCAACAAGAAAACACAAAUUGUUUGAAAAUAAUUGGGUGAAUAAUUUGUUUUAUCCAUAUAUAUUAUUAGAACCAGAGUUCCAGAAUUGUAAAAAAAAAAAUAGUGUUAUUAUUCCCAGGUGCUCAAAAACACUAAAUUUUACAAAUAUAAAUAAAAUAGGAAUUAGAAAAAAUUAUUUUGAAACAGCCAUAAACGAGUUUUUUCUAAUAAAAAUUUGGAUAAGGAAUAUUUCCUCUGUUGAUCUUGGGAAAUAUACACUUUUUAUAUUCCCAUCAAAUUUAAAUUGUAUAAAAAUAAUUGGUACUUUGAAUAAAAACGGAUACCUUACUAGAUGUGAAAAUACCAAAGAAUGUAAAAAAACGAAUUGCGUAGAAACCGAAAAUGUGGAAAGAACUUCAAAUCAAACAAAACACCACAAGCAUAGACAAAAACGCAGAUCAAAUGUUUCCCUUUUACAUUCACUAAAUGCUUAUUCCUUAUUUCCUGGAAAAGUUUUUUUUUACAUAGCCAUUUAUUUUCAUAAUUAUCACACACUACUAUUUCAUCAUGAACCAAUUCUCGUUACUAUCGUGUAG